UUUAGGUCGAGGGUUUACUUUUGUUUGAAUCCUCUGCUUCUGCUCCACCCUCACUUGAUCCUCCGCCCCCUCUCCCCGCUCCACCGCCCGUUCUCCUUACGGAUAAUCAAAUCUCCUUCGAACCCUUUUGUUCCCAGGGAAAUCAGAACAAUGUUGGACUUAAAUCUGUUCAGGGAAGAGAAGGGAUAUAACCCUGAAAUCAUAAGGGAGUCGCAAAGGCGCCGUUUUGCUGACGUAAAACUGGUAGAUGAGGUUAUUCAGCUUGACAAAGAAUGGCGUCACAAGCAAUAUGAGUUGGACAAUUUGCGCAAAGAUUUUAACAAAAUUAACAAAGAAAUCGGCAAGCUCAGACUUUCUGGUGGAGAUUUGACUGAAGCAAUUAAAAAUACGGAAGAGAACAAAAGAUUGAUAGCAGAGAAAGACGCAGAAGUUGAGGAGGCUCGAGUAGCUAUGAAUGCAAAACUGGAAAUUAUUGGAAAUCUCGUGCAUGAUUCAGUUCCAGUUAGCAAUGAUGAGGCAAAUAAUGCUGUUGUUCGAUCGUGGGGAGAGAAGAGAAUUGAGCCAAAUCUGAAAAAUCAUGUUGAACUCGUUGAACUUCUUGGUAUUGCAGAUACCGAAAAAGGUGCAAAUGUAGCAGGAGGCAGAGGAUUCUACUUGAAAGGAAAUGGUGCACUACUGAACCAAGCUCUUAUAAACUUCGGUCUUCAUUUUCUUAAAAAAAGAGGAUUUGAAGUAUUGCAUACCCCAUUCUUCAUGAGAAAAGAUGUUAUGGCUAAGUGUGCUCAACUAGCACAGUUUGAUGAAGAACUCUAUAAGGUAACUGGUGAGGGAGAGGACAAAUAUCUGAUUGCUACAGCUGAGCAGCCAUUGUGUGCUUAUCACAUGGAUGAUUGGAUUCACCCAACACAGCUUCCUUUAAGAUAUGCUGGAUAUUCAUCUUGCUUCCGUAAAGAAGCUGGCUCCCAUGGUCGUGAUACUCUUGGAAUUUUUAGAGUGCAUCAGUUUGAGAAAGUAGAGCAAUUCUGUAUUACCAGCCCGAAUGGCAAUGACUCCUGGGACAUGCAUGAAGAAAUGAUGAAGAACUCAGAGGAAUUCUACCAGAUGUUAAAACUUCCUUAUCAAGUUGUAGCCAUUGUAUCUGGUGCCCUGAAUGAUGCAGCUGCUAAAAAGUAUGAUUUGGAAGCAUGGUUUCCGGCCUCGAAUACCUAUAGGGAGCUUGUUUCCUGCUCAAAUUGCACUGAUUAUCAGUCAAGAAGAGUAGAAAUUCGCUAUGGCCAGAAAAAGAGCAAUGAGCAAGUCAAGCAAUAUGUGCAUUUGUUGAACUCUACACUGACAGCUACUGAGAGGACAUUGUGCUGCAUUCUUGAGAACUACCAGAGGGAGGAUGGUGUUGAGAUACCAGAGGUGCUACAGCCAUUCAUGUGUGGAGAGACCUUCCUUCCAUUUAAGAAAACCCCAGCCAAAGAAGUAAAAGGGAAAAAAUCCAAGCCAUGAAGGCAGUUAGUUUGAUCCUAUUCCAUUUUUCCAAGAUCUCUCCUCACACGUGGCUUUUUGGGGAAACUAAAGGUGAAGCAGACCCUGUAAAUGAGGUCACAACAAAGAAAAGACAGGAGCAAUAUAGAACUGUAAGGUUAAGCGUAUGCUAACGCAUAUCUGGACAGUUAGAUUGUAACUUUUGCAUAUUGGUGCAUUUGCACCAGUAGAGGUUUUAUUCCUGCUACUUAUCUUGACACUGCCUACAGAUGAUCUUCAAAAAAAUUUCUCUAGUUGACUGUAUUUUUUAUGAAAUACCAGAUAUCAGAUUGAGUUUGAUGAAUUGUUUCACUUA